CUCUGCAGCCGGUGAAUGCGAACCCGUAGGAUUAUUCCGUAUUGCACGCAAGCCACGGCUGCGUCACAUGUACGGAGUAAUUACAUCCGAUCCGCUCCCGUCGUUCGUCCAGAUUUCAAGUCUUACCCUGGGUGCUGCUCUCACGGGAAAAGGUCAAGCAAGACAAGAUAAGGAAGGCAUCCGUCUUUGAACGAUGUUCCUUUAGAGUUACCCAACCUUGCGGGUUGCAUGCAUCGAACUUCUUGGUUCGUUUUCCAGAAACGCACGCCUUAUUCGCAACGUCCCAAGCCCUGCAAUGCUGCUUACCUUUUUUUUUGUAUUGCCGGGUCGAUCGGGCAGAUCUGCUUUCCCGUUGGUAGGGUUUCCCCUUUCCAGAAGUCGCGCCGGUCGAAGAAGCGGCAUUCGCGGCCCUAUGGACCCGAUCUUGACCGUAUCUCCACCUCAACCGACCGCAACCAGACGGUUAUCUGCCUUUCGUUGGGGGGCCCGUUUCGCUAGCAACGUGGACCUGAUGCGAAGAAGAUUGGUUCUAGAAAGCUUCUGGGACAUUCUGAGGACGCUUCCAUGCAUUAAAGUUCUAAUUAGGUACUUCGUACGAAUACAACGUACGGUAUGUGCCAUAUCCAGGGUUCCUCGACCGCAACGUGUUUAUCCGUACCGACUUGCGCGCCCGGGUCCCCCCUUUCCUUUUUUUAAUUCCCACUGCCGACUAACAGGAAGCUUAGCGAACCAUGCGAACGAACCCAUGCUUGGAAAUGAAAUAAUUAGUUUGUACUUAUCUUUACGGCUGUCAGGCUCCAGCGCAUGAACCAUAGAAAUGAGAAAUAUCGGAGAUAGCAUAUUGCGUAUCGCAUUAUCGAGAUCAGGCCCCGGUGGAGAGCGAGGGACUGAGAUUGCUAUCACGACUCGGAUUUUGCCGCCUUGCCGGCACGGUACGUUGAUCAAUACAGAUGUGACAGGGUACUUGAGUGCCGUCAUAUGUAGACGAGAUCCGCAUAAUUGGGGGCGUCAACUAUGGACUAAU